GCGGGCGGGUGGGCGCCGGGGACAGGGCCGGUGUGGGCGGUGAGGCGGGCGAAAGAGGUGCGGAGGCAGCGGAGCGGUUGGGGCGCUGCAGCUAGUGGCGUCCAGGCGGCGGCCUCGACCCUUGGUGCGCCCCUCGUCCCAGGUCUCUGCGCCCAGGGCGCACGGUGGGGAAGGACACGGCGCCCGCCGUCCAGCCGCCAUGGAGCCGGCCCCCUCCACCGACUCCGAGCUGCAGCCCCCACUCCUCGCUACCGCUUCGGACGCCUUCCCCAGCGCCUUCCCCAGCGCCAGCGCCAAUGCGUCGGGGCCGCCAGGCGCCCGCAGCGCCUCGUCCCUCGCCCUGGCCAUCGCCAUCACCACGCUCUACUCGGCCGUGUGCGCGGUGGGACUGCUCGGCAACAUGCUCGUCAUGUUUGGCAUCGUCCGGUACACUAAGAUGAAGACAGCCACCAACAUCUACAUCUUCAACCUGGCCUUGGCAGAUGCCCUGGCCACCAGCACGCUGCCCUUCCAGAGCGCCAAGUACCUGAUGGAGACGUGGCCCUUUGGGGAACUGCUCUGCAAGGCUGUGCUUUCCAUUGACUACUACAAUAUGUUCACCAGCAUCUUCACACUCACCAUGAUGAGUGUGGACCGCUAUAUUGCCGUCUGCCACCCGGUCAAGGCCCUGGACUUCCGCACGCCUGCCAAGGCCAAGCUGAUCAACAUUUGCAUCUGGGUCCUGGCCUCGGGUGUUGGCGUGCCCAUCAUGAUCAUGGCUGUGACUCGUACCAGGGAUGGGGCAGUGGUGUGCACGCUCCAGUUCCCUAGCCCCAGCUGGUACUGGGACACGGUGACCAAGAUCUGCGUGUUCCUCUUCGCCUUCGUCGUGCCCAUUCUCAUCAUCACCGUGUGCUACGGGCUCAUGCUUCUGCGCCUGCGCAGUGUGCGCCUGCUGUCAGGCUCCAAGGAGAAGGACCGCAGUUUGCGGCGCAUCACGCGCAUGGUGCUAGUGGUGGUGGGCGCCUUCGUGGUGUGCUGGGCACCCAUCCACAUCUUCGUCAUCGUCUGGACCCUGGUGGACAUCGACCGCCGCGACCCUCUCGUGGUAGCCGCGCUGCACCUGUGCAUCGCCCUCGGCUAUGCCAACAGCAGCCUCAACCCCGUGCUCUACGCCUUCCUCGAUGAGAACUUCAAACGCUGCUUCCGCCAGCUCUGCCGCUCGCCCUGCGGCCGCCCGGAGCCCAGUGGCUUCAGCCGCGCCCGCGAAGCCACGGCCCGCGAACGGGUUACCGCCUGCACCCCUACCGACGGCCCCGGCAGUGGCGCCGCCGCCUGACCAGGACCGACCGGCCCGCCGCACACCCCUCCGGAGUGACCUGGUGGUCACACCAAGUUCUAAUGGGGGCGGGGGCCACCACGCGGAAGGGAGCCGGCGGAGGCCGUUUUGGAGAAGGGGGCUGGGCUUGAGACGAGGCAGGGGCAGAGACAUGGGUCCCCUGAAGUGGGUGGACCGCUGGUCUGGGGCGGGGCAGAGGGCAGGACAGUGGGGCGGUGCCUCUGGGCUGAGUGCGUGGUCAAGGGCUCUGGGCUGUGGGGCGGGAGGAGGAGGAGCUAGCGACUCCAGAGGGUGGGACCUGUGGCUCUAGCGCUGGGCAGGUAAGCAGGGUCUCUACAGUGGGGCAGGACCACAACCUUGGCACAGCCUCGAGUUCUAACCCUGAGCCGAGCUUGCGGGAGGGGGGAUCCUGCUGGAGACCUGAAGACCUCGGGCCCAGGUCUCAAGAGGGGCGGUGGUUUGAGAAUGGAGCCGCAAGACUGGGCCAGGCCUCUGUGUGGUGAGGAGGGGCGUCUUUUGGAGUGAGCCGGAAGGACAGGACAGUGAGCCGUGGCUACUGCUCAAGAUUGGGCCGCAGAGAUAGGGCCUCUGUGCAGGAGAUAGGGGCCUCAAUUUUGGGGUAGAGUCCCAGCCCCAAGUUCUAGCAAGAGGCGGGGCUUGCUGCGAGCCUCAGCUUGACAUCUUUAUAAAUAAAGAGAAAUUAAAAUAGAGAGGGAGAGAGAAAUAUAUACCUUCUCUCUCCUUGACAGUCAUUUCCUUGGAAUGGGCAGACGUGCCUCAGCAUCGAAGUAGGGUCCCCAGCACUGCGUCCCACUGGGGGUUGGGACACGACAACGGAGCAGGGCCAGUAGCUCCCGAGUAGGGUAGUGGGACAGGGCCUUAGCUUGGGUAGGGUCUCCAGCCCCCAGCUCUAUCUGGCCACAGAAGGAAUGUGGAGGUCUUGCGGCUUCCGUUACAAAAAACAGAGCUGCAGGUCAGCCUCUGUACCAAAGGUGGUGGGCGGUGGGCGGAGGUGGGAAGUGGGAGGUGGUUCUGCUUUGAGGUUAAGUCUUGGAGCCAGAGGGCAGAUGCUUUGGGGGGGGGGUCUCUAGAACCCUGGCUUCUCCGGCCCAGGAGCUGGAGGACAGAAGUCCGCAAGUUAGAGCUCUCUGGAGAGUAAGUACACCUGGACCUGGGUGGGGUGUUUGAAAUGCCAGUUCAGUUUCCCUCCUUCCGGUCUCUGGGUCUUUGGCUCCUGAGAAGAGCCUCCUAGAAACCCUCUCUCCCUUCUCCCAAUAUGUGGCUGUGCCCAGUGUGUCCAGUGAGCUGACACUGCCCGCACAGGGACCUGACUCUGAAGGAACUGGAGGGUGUAAGUGGAGGGGAAGCUUUUAUAACUGUAAUGCUAAUGGCAGUGUGUGCUCCCCUGUCUCUUUUCCCCCAGACUCCCAGGUCCCCCUCUGCUCUAGCUGCCCCCUCCAAGCUGCUGACAGGGGAGUUCCACCCAGAGCUAGGCAUAGUUCUCUUUAUUUUAUUCAGGCAUUCUCAGAUCUCUGCUUCCCCCAAUAUCAGGGUCUGUCCUUGUUUCCAGUGCCUCCCCCAUGCCUCAUCUCCCCCACCCCCCACUCUCCCCUUCCUCACAGACACUGCCUCAGUCAUAAAUUCUGAUUCCCUAUUGAAGCAGUGUUCUGACAUCCUUGUAAAAACAAAUUUAAUUUUCUUCCCUUUUUGGGACAGAUAGAAAGAAAUUGACGUCUUUGUCUCAAGCAAAAAGAAAAAAAAAAGAAACAAUAUACCUCUUCUUCCUUUGACAGUCAUUUCCUUGGAACAAAAGCCUUUCCUAUCUGGGAGGCUGUCACUCUGACAGGGGCUGAACUAGCAUUCAGGGAGUUGGGGAAUUAGAAAUCGAAAGGGGCUUUGGACACAUUAGGGGUAGGGAUGCCCUUAGUGGGCAAAGCAUAGUCCAUUUCUCAGGGUGAGGUUCCCGGAAGCCGCAGACCUGGGAAUUUUUUUCCCACAGGAAAGGCCCCACUAGUGCCCUGGAAGGUGUGGGGCAGCGCCCAGCACUCGGAUCCAGCCUACUAAGCUAUCUAGGCCUGAGGUCUCAGCUCACCUUAUCACCUUCGCCAUCCACAUGGAGCCUGUGACCAUCGAGACCUCUGUGUCUGAAUGGGGCGGGUGUCAGCAAGGCAGGAACACUCCUGGACACUCCUUUUCACUUUGGGACCCUUCCUGAGAAUGCCUUGGGAAGAUGUCAGAGGAAGGGGACAAUUUACGAACUGGGGGAGACUUCUGAAGGAGGUGACAUUGGAUCCAGUUCUGUUUAUUCUUGCAAGGAAGAAUAAACCUCUUCAACUUCUCUCAGGACACGCCUGUCUCAAGGCUGCUCCUGGCCUGCUCACUGAUACUUCCUAUGGCUAUGACAGAUCUGGGUCCCUUUUACCAUUUCUCAUAUAUAUAUUUGUCCUGAGCUUAGCAGGGGCUGGGUCCAGACCACGUGCAUUUAAGGUACAGCAAACCAUAUUGAAAUCUACUUCACUCCUGGCUGUGCACGUUGGGCACUGGAAUUUGGAAAUGAGUCAAGUACACCUCUGCCCUCAGAAGGUUUGAGCCUGUGCAGGGAGACGAAGCAUAAACAGAUCACUGCAUCUCAGUGUGAUGCGUGCAGUGACAGGGAGCCCAAGGGAAGGUGUCACAGGAAAGUGCCUUUUCCAGCUUUUUACCAAAACAUUUGUAGCAAUUCUGGAAGAGGUAGAAAGGUAUCAUAAGGCCUUAAAGGAUGACUAGGGGUUGGUCACCCUGAAGAGGGCACAGCAUGUGCAAAAGCAUGAAAAUGUUCAAGUGCUUGGCCAACCUGAGAAGCUGUGUGCAGCUGGAGCAUGGGGCUUAACAGCGUUUCUGAUGCCAACCCCAGGUGGACAUUGGGUGGGGCCUGGGAAAAAUAGUAUUACCCUUAUUUUAGAUGAGAAGUCAGACCCAGAGAGGUAAAGCCAGUCGCCCCUAAGUCACAGAGCUUGUUAGUGGUGGCAGAACUCAGGUCAGUAGAAAGCCAGGGUCCAAGUUUCCAGUGAAUUCCAGGCAUCAUAAAAGUAGAAGGGCCCUUAGAAGCUAGAACCCAGGAUGAGGUUUUUGAAGACUUAAAACCAAAUGGAAAAAUCUGAAGGAAAGGGCAAUUUUCCAUGAACUUUUGUUCCUCCUGGCACUCUCUAACUCUUCACAUUUCAAAAUGUACUGUGCACGAUGCAUUUUAAAACUCCACAUUGACAGUGUAAUUCUAGAUCAUCACAGGGCUCUCAAAGCUGUGGAGUAGGUCUGAUUUCCCCCAAAAUUUCCAUUCCUCUUUCUUCAGGAGGUGGGAGGGAAGUUUUUGCCUCUAGUUUCAAAAUGUCCUACAAUUUCAGUGGUCGAGGCUAGAGUCAGGUCUUGGCUUUCCCUCUCUGUGCCUCAGUUUCCUCCUGUAAUGUAUGUACAAUAAGAAAGAUUAAUAAAAACAAGAUACUUAUUUUGCAACCCGCUUGUUCUAGUUCAGGGUUGCGGGUAGCCAGGGCCUCUCCCUGCAGCUCAGCAUACAAGGCAGGACCCACCCUGGACAGGACACCUUUCCUUCACAGGUCCACUCACACACACGCCCACAUUCACUCAGACUGGGACCAUUUAGACACACCAAUUCACCUCACAUGCAUAUUUUUGGGAUGUGGGAGGAAACCAGAGUCCCUAGGAAAAACCUACAUAGGCAUGGGAGAACGUGCAAACUCCACACAGUGGCCCUGGCCAGGAAUCAAUUGGGCUUUUGUCUCAUCAGUGUUACAAUGAAAUAACAUUGGAUGAAACAUUAUUCGAGGACCUAGGUAAGUCCUUAGCACAUUAGUAAGCUCUUAGCACAUGGUAAGUUGCCUUCAUUACUUAAAAAUGGAGUUGCAGGGCCCGCCGAGUGGCACGUUGGUUAAGAGCUGGCUUGGGACACCAGAGGACCUCGGUUCGGAUCC